GUUAUAUAUCCAGUAUUCGAUAUGGCUGUCACGCCUCGUGAUAUCGCAGAUGUCAAGAAAAUGGUAAAAAACAAACUAGAACUUUACAUCAACAGGGAAAAACGAGAAAAUCUUUUUGAUCCAGCUGGAGCUUGCAGAACAACGAGGAAAAUGUAUAAGUAUGACCUCAUGUAUAGAGUUGUCAACUAUGAUGUGUUUGAUAAGCAAAGUCCAAGAUAUAAAAACAGGAAGAAGAAAGGAAAAGAGGAAGUUCCAGUUGAAUAUGAUCAUCAGACAGAGAAAGAAAAACAUAAACGAGAAUCUUCUCAGGGGGGCAGAAACGAAUCAGGAAAAGCAGACAUGGUGGAGGAGGUAGGAGACAUUAUAUACCCAAAGCUUGAGGAUACUACGCGCAGGGUAACUCUGUAUAGAGAAGCGGACAGGAUCACAAAAUAUGCUAAUGAGGUCUAUAACCAAUACAAUAUGGAGGAUCUUCAGACAAUACACCACUUUCGACCAAGUUCUCAACAAGACCAUGUGAAUAAAUCUCUAGAUUCUGGAUAUCUGCACAACUAUACACGACAUGUUGGGUCCAUUCUUCAUGCAAAGUCAUAUGUCAACUUCUACAAAAAAGAAGGUUUACACACUGGUGAUAAAAGUAAAUCCAAGAGACUCCAGGAAUUGCCAACGAAGAAGCCAAAAGAACCGGAAAGUGACCAAAAACCUGCAAAAGAUGAGCCAGGGAAUUAG